GGUCGUACAGGAAUUCGUUUUUAAAGGAACCUCGCCGUGUUUCAGGGAUAAACGUGGGCCAGUAAGAUCAUGACGACAGGUCGAGUAUUAUUUUGAUUUUGGAGACAAGAACAGUUGUAAGUUGCGAAGACAAAUAAAAUCAUGGCUCUGUACGUGAAGGCGGCCGAGAUUCUUGACAAAGUCGAACGCAAAAAGGGAGCAUUGAAGACUUUAGUGUAUGAUAGUAAAUUUCAGAAUAUCAAGCAGCUGUAUGCUUUGGUAUGUGAGACUCGGAAAUUUUCGCCUGUGCUCGAAGACAUCAUCACCAGUACGAAACUGCUGAAAGCGACGAAGCUCAAGAUGAGUCUGGCCAAGGUCCUGGUGUACGACUUCCUCAUGGGACAGGGACUGAAGUGUGGCGGAAGCUGGAAAGCUAUGAUGAUGAAGCACCGGCCCCGGCUGCAGGCUGCACUUGCUCGUCUGAAGGUGAAGAAGAAGGUCAGCAGCAACCAGGACCUUCUGCCUGCAUGCAGCCAGCAGGCAACAGAAGAUCAGCUCCCACGAUAUGUGCGGGUGAACGUGUUGAAGACCACCAUGGAAGAUGUCAUAGAUUACUUAAAGAGGGAGGGCUUCUCAUACAAAGGAAAAGCAACCAGUUUAGACAAUCUGCACAGUCUCGCCGCGAAAUCAUUCCUCUGUGACAUGCACCUUCCGGAUCUCCUCGUCUUCCCUCCCAAAACGGAUUUCCACGCUCACUUUCUGUACCAGGCUGGGCACAUCAUAUUGCAGGACAAGGCCAGUUGCCUCCCUGCAUACCUCCUGAACCCCCCUCCUGGGGCUCAAGUGCUAGAUGCAUGCGCAGCCCCUGGCAAUAAAACCAGCCACCUUGCUGCCAUCAUGGGCAACAAGGGUAAGCUGUUUGCAUUUGAUCUUGAUGCUAAGCGACUGUCCACCAUGAGCACGCUCCUGUUACGUGCCGGGGUCACGUGUCAGCAGCUGGCCAAUCAGGACUUUCUGAAAGUUGACCCCGAGAGCAGCCAGUACAGUGGAGUGGAAUACAUAUUACUGGACCCAUCGUGCAGCGGGUCUGGGAUGGUAUGCCUGCACGACCGCACUCCAGCACCUCCAGAAGAGGAGACGAGCCGUCUGCAAGCGCUGGCUGCAUUCCAACUGCGUUGUCUCAACCAUGCCCUGCGCUUUCCCAACCUGCAGCGUGUGGUCUACUCAACCUGUUCCAUCCAUAAGCAGGAGAAUGAGGAGGUGGUGACUGCUUGCUUGAAGGAGAACCAGGGAUACAGGUUGGUGCACCUUCUCCCUACUUGGCCUGAGCGCGGCCUGGCCCCCUUGACUCAGUGCCUGCGUGCGAGCACCACCAAAACCCUCACUCAAGGCUUCUUCGUGGCCGUGCUGGAACGUCGGUCCCCCGGCGCGAAGGAUGACACACAGUCACAGCUUCCUACCACUGAGGAGAGAAGGGAGGGUACCAGUGGCUGCAAGAUGGAGCUGGUGGACCAGGAGCAGGCAGUGCCCAUCAGCACUGACACCCAGACAGGCAGCACCCCGGCUCGAAAGAAUAAGAAAAAGUCAAAAAAACCAACGACGUAAAGCUGACCGGCCUCGUGUGCUGCGUUAUGGAACAAGGGCCCAGCGUGCGGAAGAAGCUCAGCCAAAGACCGUGUCUUUGCAUCAUCGACAGCAAAAAGGGGACCCUACACCUGUAGUUCAGCUCCUCCGUUCAGUUUCAUGACAUUGAGUAAUACAACUGAAGAAAACUUUUCACUGCUUUAACUCGAAUGUGGAAAGUUUACAAGAAAUAAACAAAACCAGAGCAAACGUACAAUCCAAGCAACAAUGCUCCUACACUUCCAUGCCAAAACUCAUGGCUUGUCUCCUUUCUUCAAAGUGGGAGACCAUUCGGGGAACAAGUCCAAAUCAAAGGGUGAGGUUUUACUCAAGUGCUACAGUCUUCCUCUGAAAAAGAAUUUAAGUAUCCACACAACACAUACUCAAGCCUGUAUAUUACUACUGUUU